UCUUCUGAUAGAUUUACUCUUAUUUUAGCACAUAGACUUUCUGAUUCUACAAAACAUCAAGGUGCUUUAUAAAAUUUCCUCUGCCACAUAUGUUGGCAAUUAAAGAAUUCUUAAAGAAAACUCAAAAACCUGCGAAAAUUUAUGUUCCGCAUACGCCAUCUCGCGUCAACUAUCGGUCUCUCGAGCAGCCUGAUAUUGCAUUUAAUAGAAUACUUGGUAACUGGAUCAAUCCUGAUCCCGGCAAUAGAGAUGGUCGUAACUUAUUGAGAAAAAAUUUAGUAGGCCCUACGCUCACCCUUUGGCAUCGGCCUCACAUACGCUCAUUCCCUGGUUUGUGGUUCUGGAAAAGUACAGAGGAGCGAUACUGGCUAGCAAAAUCUUCUUAUUUGAAGAGUAAAGGGCGUUCUGCCCCCAAGAAAGGCGCUGGCAAGAAGGCAAUGAGGCGUAUGACAGAUGCAAGAAAAGCAGCUGCAAAACUUGCCAAGGCCAAGUGAAAUAAAUUAUCUGAAUAGUACCUGUCCUCUACCCCCUAUCAGUUGAGUUUCGUUUAGUUGUCAUCUCUAUGGGUAUACGAGAGAGCAAAAUGUAAAAUAUUUGCAACGAGAAAAAUUCUGUGUUUACCAAGCUGGCCCCAGCUUCAAAUCCUACGACAUUUGUAUUCAGGCAAUAUAAAAAACAAUACUUAGUACCUGAAUUUUUCGUAUCUGUCUAGAAUCAACAGCCUGUCUCUUCUGACGCAUAUCCUCCAUUUUGUGUGUUUUUAGUUUAAAAAACUGGCAUUGACAUUUUUCUGUAAGGAGAACAAAGAGGUACACCUUUUUUUAACUAAAACAUGGGUAAAAGUGCCACGCCCGCUUUUCCUCCGGCAAGAAUAAAAAGAAUUAUGCUUUCCGAUGAAGAUGUGGGGAAAAUAAAGAAAGAAACACCUGUCCUAGUCUCAUUAUGCGUAGAGAUCUUUAUAGAAAAUUUAGUUAAUAUAGGCGCUGCGAUAGCUGCCGUCAAGGGUGCAAAAAUACUUUCAGCUUCACAUUUGUACGAUCACCUUGCAUGUACUAUAGUUUCUGUUACACAAAAAAAGGCCAUGCUACAAAAUCCGACGUUUGAUUUUCUUCGCGAAAUUAUUUCAAAAGUUCCAGAUGCCCCUGAGUCCAAUGCCAUAGAGGACACCGCAGAUCCUCAGUCUUCUAAGAAGAGGAAAAGACCAAAGCCUAAAAAAACAGAUGCUGGUCCAGCCCAGGCAAAAAAGGUGACCAAGAACUCUCGAAGCAAGAGCAGCGAAAAGAAUUCUUCCUCGGUUGAUGAAGAUGAUUCGGCUACCGACGACCAGCCAUCUUCCCACGGACUUCCCGAAACGAACGUUCAAUCUAUGACGGAAGGUGCAGGCGAUGAAUCAGUGUCCCAGGAAAAAGGUGCACAGGAUUCGCCGGCCGCUCCCUUUCUCGCUCAAUUCAAGACCAAUGAAAUUUCAUUCGACAGCUUCACUAAGAAACCCGAAGAAGAGUUUGACUACGAUGAAUAAAGUCUGA